AAUUCAUUUCAUUCAAGACGCCAAUGAGAGAAAAAUUGUAGACAGGCAUGGAGUUUUUCCUUCUCUUUUUCUCCUCCGCUACUUACACUGCUUCCGCCUUCGCUGUUCUUCUCUUCCUCUAUUUCCUGUUAUGGAUUUCCACAAGUUUCCGAAAGAAGUCUGUCGGCCAAAAAGUAGCAGCCCUCGAAGCCGCCGGAGCGUGGCCGGUGAUCGGCCACCUCCAUCUCCUCGGAGGAUCUCAACUCCCCCACAGGAAGCUGCGGAACAUGGCCGACAAGCACGGCCCAAUCUUCACGAUAAAGCUGGGCAUGCACCGGGCCCGGGUCGUGAGCAAUCCGGCAAUGGCUCGGGAGUGUCUGACCACUCACGACAAAGUCUUCGCCAGCUGCACCAGGGCAGUGGGCGUGGAGCACAUGGGCUACAACUACGCCAUGUUCAGGUUCGCCCCUUACGGCCCUUACUGGCGCCACGUGCGCAAGAUAGCCGUGACCCAUCUCCUCUCCAGCCACCGCGUCGAGACCCUCAAGCACAUCCCUGAAUCCCAAGUGAAGGAGGCCGUAAACGAUAUCUAUCGGAGAUGGUCCGGAGCCAGUGGCAGCGGAGGCGGUGGUUCAAAUGCGGUGCUGGUGCAGAUGAGCAAGUGGUUUGGGGAUAUAAAUCUGAAGGUGAUUCUUAGGAUGGUGAUAGGAGACCGAUGUUUGGAAGAUGGCGGCGCCGCCGACGAUCGGUUUCGGAGGGCGUUGAAGGAGUUUUUCCGACUGAUGGGGACGUUCGUGGUGGGAGAUGCGAUUCCGUUUCUGAGGUGGUUGGAUGUGGGAGGAUACAAGAGGGAAAUGAAAAGAACAGUGGCGGAAUUGGAUCGCGUGAUGGAGGAGUGGUUGGAGGAGCACAAGCGGAAGAGGCCGGUUUCGGCGGAAGACGGCGGCAACUUUAUGGAUGUGAUGUUGUCCGUCGUCGACAGCGGAGAUGUGCCGUCCGAUCAUGAUCCUGAUGUUUUCAUCAAAUCUACAUGCCUGGCAUAACACGCUAUAUGGAGGCCCAAAGUAGAGCUCAUCUCACCAAGGUAUUGUUUGGUUCACAAUUGGAGUUGGAAUCAGAAUCAAAAUAAAAUUUCAUUGGACUGGAAACAAAAUGUCACAUUCCUCUCUCAUAUUUGGUUCGACAACAAAAUCGGAAUCAAAAUUAUAUUAUAUUAUUUGGUAUAUAUAAAUAUAAGAAUCAUAAAUGAGUCUAGUUAGUAUGAAAAAAUUUAUUCAAUUAAUUUAGUAUAAAAUAAUAAUAUUAUAAAUAUAAUUAUUAUAUAAUAUUAUUUUAUUAAACUACAUAAUAAAUAAUUUUUUAUAACAAAAUAAUUUAGAUAAUCAUGUACUUGAUUAUCCUUACCUAUUGUAUUAUUAUUAUUAUUAUUAUUAUUAUUAUUAUUAUUAUUAUUAUUAUUAUUAUUAUUUUGUUUUAACAAUGUUAUUAAUAUUAUAUUGUAUCUUACAUUUUAUAAGUAUUAUAUUUAAAUAUAUAAUUUAUUAAUAAAAUAUCAUAUGUUGUGACACUGUAACAUAAUUUGUUAUUUAAUAUUAAAAAAUAAUAUAAUAAAAUAACCAUAGUAGCAAUAUAUUUUUUAUAUAAUAAUAUUUUAUUAUUUUUUGUAUAUAUUUUAUAAGUAUUUUUUUUAAUAUUCAAUAGUAUUUUAAUUUUAAAGUAAAAGUCCAGAAUUAAAAUGUUCAAAAAUUAAGUCCAGAAUUAAAAUGUACAAAUUGAAGCAUUUCAAUUCUGAUUAUAAUUUUGAGAGUCGAUUCUCAAUUACCAAAUACUACAAGUAUGUUGUCCAUGGUAUACAUAAUUGACCGCAAGCUCUCGUGUUGGGGGGGCGCCAACACCUCAAAUGUGACGUUAGUAUGGGCUCUCUGCUUGCUCCUCAACAAUCCCCACACUCUAAAGAAGGCGCAACAAGAAUUGGACGCCCAGGUUGGGAGACAACAACAACUACAGGGAACUCAUAUCAAACACUUGGUAUACAUCCAAGCCAUCAUCAAGGAGACCCUGCGCCUCUACCCCGCCGCACCUCUAGGAAUACCUUAUGAAUCCAUAGAAGAUUGUACCAUCGGUGGCCAUUGCGUCCCCUCCGGCACACGCCUAGUGGUGAACCUAUGGAAGGUUCAUCGAGACCCGCAAGUGUGGCCUGUUCCAUACGAGUUUCGACCAGAGAGAUUUUUGACAACCCACCAAGAUGUGGAUGUGAAGGGGCAAAAUUUUGAGUUGAUCCCGUUCAGCAACGGCAGAAGAAUGUGCCCUAGAGUUUCUUUUGCACUUCAGGUUAUGCAUUUUACACUAGCCAAUUUGCUACAUGGGUUUGAGAUUGCAACUCUAGACGACGAACCAAUUCACAUGGGGGAGCGCUUUGGGCUAACUGUGACUAAGGCAACGCCGCUGGAAGUCCUCCUCUCUCCUCGCCUGCCUUCUCACCUAUAUGUAUAAGGUAAUUUGCCAUUGGUGAUAGAGUGUAUGCUAGAAGACUUUAGGUCUCCAAACGCAUGCUUAGUAUUUAAUACUUUAGCUUUGAGAUAAUUUUGAUUUGGGCCAAUUUAAAUAUAGUGUAAUAUAAAAUUAUAUUUAACUUUUAUAAAUGCUGAACAUUCCAAAUUGAUGCUCCAAAUACGAUUUAAAUUUUUCUUUGAA